AGGAAAACAAAUCCAAAUUUAAUUUGUCACCUUUCCUAUAAUUUGCUACUCUUCUUUCAUGGCUAAACACUCCAACGAAAAGCUACACAUCUCAGAAAAAAGAACUAUUCUUUCUUGCUUGUUUUUCAAGAUUUCUACCUCAUAAAACUGCUUAACAAACAAGCUGUUUCACACAACAACGUUCCUGUACAAAAGUUGGACAUUGAAAAAAAAAAAGGUGAAGGAUUGUACGGUAAUUCCUCUGCAAAUACCAAAACUAAAGAAGGGUUAGUUUUAAAGAAGAGAGAAGAGCUAUUAAACAUGGAGUCAGAGUAUAAAAACAGUACUACUUCUGGAUUGUUAAGGUUUAGUUCAGCUCCUAGUUAUUUUCUUGCAAAUUUUACUGAUAAAGUUGUCAAGAAUGGGAAUUAUAAGAAUGGGUUAAGUUCAAAAUUGAAUCUUGGUAGUAGUCUUGGUUUGAAUAAUUCACAGCUGCCACCUCCAUAUCCAAGGCAUAAUUCAAUGGAAAAAGGGUAUAAGGUUGUGAGUUCAAUGGAAAUGGAUCAUCAAAGGCAAAAUAAAUUGGGAUCAAAUCUUAUGAGACAAAACAGUUCCCCUGCUGGCUUAUUCUCUCACCUCAGUUCUCAAAAUGGUUAUGUUGUUGGAGGUUAUAAAAUGGUAAAUGGUGCCAAUGGAGAUACAGUUUCACCUUCUUCCUUGGGGAUGUUGUCUCGAAUCAACGAGGUCGAGAAUGAGAGUAGCAGCAUAACCACUAGCCUUGAUGAUGACAAGUCUGGAAAUGGAAACUCAGAAACUCAAUAUUACAAUUCUGGAUUACCAUUUGCCUCUUGGAGUGAGGCCUCACAUUUUCAGGAGUCCUUCACUGGCCACAAAAGGGAGAUGCUGGAUAAUGAAGAGAAGUUGUUUGCUAAUUCUCAGGUUGGACAACUUGGAAAUCAGCCUCCAAUUUUGUCACACCACUUGAGUUUACCAAAGACACCAGCUGAAAUAGCUGCAAUGGAGAAGUUAUUGCAACUGCAAGGGACCGUUCCGUGUAAAAUCCGCGCCAAACGUGGUUUUGCUACUCAUCCACGGAGCAUUGCAGAGAGGGUAAGAAGAACUCGAAUUAGUGAAAGAAUGAGGAAACUGCAGGAGCUUGUCCCAAACAUGGACAAGCAAACUAACACAGCAGACAUGUUAGAUUUGGCUGUUGAUUACAUUAAAGACCUCCAAAAACAGUACAAGACUCUUACAGACUGCAGGGCAAACUGCAAAUGCGCAGCAAUGCAGAAGCAAGUUUCCAAUCAAAGGGUUUGAUUUUCUUCUGUGCAUGGAGAAAUAGUCUCUCUUUCUCCUUUUAAAAGAAGGAGAAAUGGAAGAAACAAAGCUAUGUUUCUGUUUAGCAGUUAGCAGGGGCAAAAGUGGUCAAGAUACUAAACCAACAAAAUUAGUGGGAAAGGCAUAGUUUAGUUCAUAACUAUCUCUUUAUACAUGUAUUCCUUUUUUCCCUUUUAAAGGGUAGCUCAGUGCACAAGAUAUUUCCUGUUCAUGCAGGGUUCGGAAAAGGGUCGAGCGUGAUUAAUUACUAUGAAUUACCAUAAGUGUCCACUUCUUUUCUCAUAUUUGUGUUAGAUCCCUCUUCCCCAUUUAUGAUCCAUUUAUUUAUGGACCAGCCAAUAUGUGGAUGGCUAAGUUUGUCAAUGAUUGCAAGUUGCACAUAUUCUUUAAUAU